AUGUCUUCCAUAGCUGUUCAAACAGAGGAAACAGCUAAUGAAAUUAUUGUCGAUUCUUCUAUCUGCAAUGGUCUCUUCACCCAAAUUUUGUCUAUCUUAGAUGACGAACAGAACAAAUUUUAUUAUGAUAUAUCAGAAAGCUAUCUUGAUUUUCCUCAUAAAUUGACUACCAAUACUGAUGAUGGCUGUAGCACAAAUGGAAUAUUUGAAGCCCAAGAAACUUAUCUAGACGAUGGAACAGCGGAGAUUCAAGUAAAUAAUGGUAACACAGAAGAAAUGACUAUCGCUGAAUUAGAAAGAUCUCUUCAAAUAUCUGAAUCUCGUCUAAGAACUAACUUGAAUGAGUUGAGUAAAAUCACAUCGGCAUUAUCAUCAACAUCAUCUACAGAACACAUUAAAGAGUGGUUAAAUUCUACUGAAGGUCAUCAUAAUAAUUCCACUUUGAAUAGUCCAGGAGUUGAACUAGUGGACAGUGAAAAUAGGAAUAAUUCAGUCACUGACUUUGAAAUGGAUGGGAUUUGAUUAUAAAGGUCUGCAAGAUGAAUAUUCAGUGCUCAAUACACAGAUUCUCAUGAAACAUUUUUCAGAUCACUUAAGUGUAUUUGGUCAUAUUGAACUGUGUUUUUUUAACGUUUAUAAUAUUGAUCAGGAUGACAAAAAUAUUUUGCUAAUAUUUUGUCAUACUACUAUAACUAUUUAUCUGAACACAGAUGAACAAUUAUCAUACUUUAAAAGACUA